UAUCACACAAGAAUUUAUUUAUCCUCAAUAAAAGGAAAGCGGUUGCAAUAUAGAAAGAAUCUCCUUUUAAGAUAGAGGGAAGAAUCAGAGCUUCCAAAGUUCUUAACGUGUUUCUUUUGUUUUUGUUUUUCAUCUCUUUCUUAAACCCAAGAAACAUCCAAUCCUUCUUGGGUGAGAACACUUUGGUUCAAUGGAGAACAGUGCAGCUUCUUCUUCGCCUGCUUGCCCCCAACUGUCCCAAUGGCUUCAGACAACUCUAUCAGAUUUGGACGAGAAAAUGAAGGCCAUGAUGACCCUUUUGGAGGAAGAAGACAAAUCAUCGUGCCUGAAGGCUGAUAUUGCUCAUAACAGGAAACCAGGACUCGUGCAAAUGUUGGGAGAGUUAAACAGAUCAUACUGUUCUUUAGCAGAAAAGUAUGAUCAGUUGAGGUCUGAAUCACACAAUGUCCGUCAUAGGUCUUCACCAUUGUCCUCUAACUCUAAACAAAUCCAACAGGCUAGCAAUAAGAAAAGAGUUGUGGGAGCCUCUGAUGAUCUCAUUCUGGAGGCUUCUGAUUCUCGCCCCGAAUCUGUUGUUGAUGAUCCUGAUUUCAAACAUUAUAGAUCUAGCUUUGAAUACCUGAACAAGUUAGCCGAUGAUCUGAUAUUAGCAGAACAAUGCAACAUGUCUACCAUUAGAAAACCUGAACAAACGAAUGGAGAAUUUUCAGAUGAAGAGAAUGUUGUUUCCAAGAUAAAUGGGUUUCAAAGACUUAAACCAAAAGCAGCAGAGUUCCAGAAGGGUAGUUCUGAAAGUGAGAAUACAUGGUUUCAACUCAAGUUUCAAUUCACAAAGCUUAUGGAGGAGAAUCUGCGCCAGCAAGCAGAACUGUUUAGAAGGAAUGAGGAGAAGAGAGAAACCAUCAAUGAGCUACAGCUACAGCUUGAGCACUUAAAGAGUGAGAACAGGGCCCUGCAGAAAUGUCUCCAUAGCUCAAAAAUUGGUGUGAAGCGCAACCAUUCUCAGACAUCAAGAUCAAGAGGACUAUUUUUGGGCAAGUUCUUCCAAGGAGGUUGUUCAUAAUUCCUUUUUCUUUUUUCCAUCUGUUGAACAAUUGAUUUUCCACUUCUAUCAAGUGGCAAUAGUUUAAUCAACGAAAGUAAAUCAAAUCAUCCAUAACAAUGAUGAUGUGAUGUAUCCUCUGCAUGUCCUUAAGAAGAAAUCUUCAUGAAUAUCAUUGUAUAAAUUGGCAGAGUAGUCCUGAAUUUUCAAGAAACUGUAUGCCGUACUAUACUGCAAGACAGUCUUUAAGACAUCAUGACAGGAGUGAAUGCAACUUUAUCCUUUUCUAGUUCAAAGAAUGAUCUUUAAGCUGCUGGCAGAUGCUUGGUUGUCUUGUUGUUCUGGAAUGUAACCGCUUAGCUAUAUCUAAAUAACUACUCUUCUGUCAAUUCAAUAACCAUUCCAUCAAGCAUUCAAACUCAACUGAACUCACUCUGUUAGAAGGUGAUGUAUCUUUUCAAUAACUAAUGGUAAAGCUGAUUGAUAUCAAACCUUGUUAGUGGCUAGGAGCAUCGGAGAACUCUUUUUCAGACUUCAAAGUCAAAUCAUUAUGCAAUUUCUCAUGUCCCAAAUCAUUUUGAGAGCCAAGAUGAACACCUUGUCGUUCAAGUCAAAGAUGCCGGAAGCUCACAAUUAACAUUC